AUGUCCAACUACUACGGCGGGCAGCCGAACAACCCGCAAUACGGCGCGCCAGCAGCCGGCGGCGGUGCCCAAAACCUUCAGUUCUAUCCGUCAUCAUACUCACCCGCCGUGUCGGGUGCUGCAACCCCUCAACAGGCAUCGUACGGCUACGGCGCCGGGCCGUCCGGGAGUUUCGGGUCCAGCGCCCAAGCUGGCUUCGUGUCGGCUGGCUUCGGCGGCGCUGGUGUGUCCGGCCGGAUGGGCGAACAUGGUGGCCUGAGGACGGGAUGGCUGGCGGCUUUCUCGACCGAGGGAUACGACGGCGAGCCCCCGUUGCUGGAAGAGCUGGGAGUCAACUUUGGGCAUAUCCGGAUGAAGACGCUAGCCGUCUUGAACCCCUUCAGACACAUUGACCAGCACAUCAUGGACGAUUCCGAUCUCGCCGGGCCCAUCCUCUUCUUUCUCCUGUUCGGCACCAUCCUGCUGCUCUCUGGCAAGGUGCACUUUGGUUACAUUUACGGCCUGGCCCUGCUUGGAUCAACGUCGCUACAUAUGAUCCUGUCGCUCAUGUCUCCGACCGAACCGCCCGCGCCCUCAUCCGAGUCCUAUCAGCCUCAGUACAGUGACCCGUCAUCGCCCCCGCAACACCAGCGAGGCGGCCAUUUCUCUGCAACCCUCACCUUCCCGAGGUCAGCGUCGGUCCUGGGGUACUGUCUUCUCCCCCUCGUCGUUACCAGCCUUUUCGGGAUUGUCAUGCCAAUGGACACGCCCCUCGGGAUAGUCUUGAGUACCGCCGCCAUUAUGUGGUGUACGUACAGCGCCAGCGGCAUGUUCUGCGCUGUCGGAAGAAUGAAGGGCAUGAGGGGUCUGGUUGCCUAUCCCUUGGGCCUGUUCUAUGUUGGUUUCGGCAUUAUGGGCAUAUUCAGCAGCAGAGGAAGCGGGUCGCUGGCCAACGCAGCGGCCAAAAUAAACGCUUGA